AAUGUUGUCGAAAUAAUGCAGUGUCAUCUGUAUGCUGUGGAAGAUCACUGUCUCCAUUCCAUUAUGAAUCCUUGUUGAAGGAUCCCAAGGUAUUGGAUGAAUUACCGGCUUUUGAUGGGUUACUGCAGACACGUUCUUGA